CAGCAGUGAUUUACUCGUGUGCGUUAGUGGGAGGAGCAGCUCCUGCAGCCCCCACCCGCUGGAGCGGCCGUUCCAGCCUUUUGCGCCCGGGGGUGGGGAGGCUUUCUCCGGAUACGUCGUGGAACUUGAGGCGGUCCUAGAGACCCACGCUCCCACUCCGGGAUCACCCCCAGUCCACCAUUAACCAAACUUAAAAAUGGCACCGUCCGCUUCUUCCCAACUCUUCUCAGCGCUUGUACUCGCAUUUUUCAUCUCUGUGGUGAACUCCCAGUAUGAGAAAUACAGCUUCAGGAGUUUCCCCAGGCACGAGCUGAUGCCCCUGGAGUCCGCUUACAAGUACGCACUGGACCAGUACACCGGAGAGAAGUGGAAGGAGACGGUAGAGUACAUAGAGGUGUCUCUGCGGCUGUACCGGCUGCUGCGGGACAGCGAGGCCUUCUGCAACCUCAACUGCAGCUCUGUGAGGCUGGAAGACGAGCAGAAGUUUGCGGAGUUUCCAGAGCUGCGGGCGUUCGGUAACGUUAUGAAGAGGGCGCAGUGCCUGAAGCGCUGCAAACAGGGGCUGCCCGCUUUCAGGCAGGCCAUGCCCAGCCGGGACACCAUCGUUGAAUUUGAGGAGAGAGAGCCGUACAAAUACCUGCAGUUUGCGUACUUCAAAUCUGACAACCUGGCCAAGGCGGUGUCUGCUGCCCACACCUUCCUGCUGAAACACCCAAACGAUGAGAUGAUGCAGAGGAACAUGGCUUACUACAAGAGUAUGCCUGGAGCCGAGGAACACCUCAAAGACCUGGAGACCAAAUCCUAUGAGACCCUGUUUGUGCGCGCAGUGCGGGCGUACAAUGGAGAAAACUUCCGUACUUCGGUGUCAGACAUGGAGCUGUGUCUGCGGGAUUUCUUCAAGGUCUACGACGAGUGUCUGGCUGCGUCCGAGGGCCCCAGGGACGUCAAAGACUUCAAGGACUUCUACCCCUCCAUAGCCGAUCACUACAUCGAGGUCCUUGACAGGAAAGUGAGUUGUGAAAGUGACCUGACACCUGUCGUAGGAGGUUUCGUGGUUGACAAUUUCGUGGCCACCAUGUACCACUACCUGCAGUUUGCCUAUUACAAAUUGAAUGACCUGAAGAACGCCGUACCGUGUGCAGCCAGCUAUGUGCUCUUUGACCCCAGCGAUGAAGUUAUGAAGAAUAACUUGGCCUAUUACGAGUUCCACAAAAGCCGGUGGGAGCUGACGGAGGAGGACUUCAUCCCCAGAGGAGAGGCACUGCGGUACUACAAUCAGACCACAAUGCAGCUACAGAUGUUGGAGUUCUCCAGACUGCGCCUGGUGAGCGACGACGAGGGAGAGGUGGUGGAGUUUAUAGAUGAGUUCCUGGAUGGUGAUGAAUUGCCCAAAUUGGAAAUACCGCCGAAAAAAUGAAACACACACAACAAAACCACUCCAACAACCCCCCACCCCAUAGUUUGUAGCCUAUUUAUUGGGUUUUGCAAGAGGCUCUGAUUGGUCACUGUGUUUUUACCUGCAGAACCUUUUUUUAAACUUCCUAUUUUGUGCACUAAACAUCCAGUUCAGUGGUAUGAACACAUAGCACAGUGGCUAAAUGAUUUAAAGACAAUGAUGUUAAUAAAGAUAGAAACAUUUUUACUUGCUGUUUUAUGGGUCCGUUCCUCCACUGUGAAUCAUGUAUGUUGUCGGUUACAAUGAAAUGAUAAUAAAACUCGACAAACAUGUCUUUCAAGUAAACACUACAGUGUUGUCGUAAUACUACAGUUGGGGAUGUGAUCAGUUGUGAGUAACACCUAUUUAGUCUAGGACUGCAACUAUAUCUGCCAGUAAGACACUAAUAUGCUUAAUUGUUUGGUAAAUAGCUAAAUAUGCUCGUCACAAUAUCCUAAAACCUAAAGUCAUGUCUUCAGGUUUUUCCUGUCCAACCAUAAAAUGAUCAACUUACUAUCACACAAAACAAAAGCAGCAAAAUCAUCACAACUGAGAAGCUGGAACCAGGGAAUGAUCUAAUAUUUGUGCUUGAAAAAAUGACUUAAAUGAUGAAUUAAUUGAUCAAUCGAAUAAUACUCUGCUUCAGUCCAUUGAUAUUUGACUGGAGCAUUAAUACAGCAGGAUGUUUGCGAGGGUCCUUCAGACAAGACCCGGGCUGUGCUGAGCAGAGAGACGUCCAGAGAAAACACAGAGUUGUUUAAUAAUGUUUGAACAUUGAGUCUCUGUGCAGUUUGUCACACGGUGAUGUAAAAAAACCCACAGGGGAACAUUCUCGCAGUGUUACUGUUCGCUUCUCUCUGACUCUGCCUUCUCAUUUCUCUCCUGCCUGUAUUUACUCGUCUCUUUUAUUCCCGCUUCUUCUCCUGUGCCAAUUCUUUCCUUUCAUCUGCCCUCUUUUUCUUUAAACAUUCAUCUUCAUUCUUUUUAAACAUUUUUGGGAAACGUCACAAAGAAAUGGGGGAUAACGGCUGUUAGAAGGGGCUUAGGUAACAGUUUACAUAAAAGGCUGACUGUCAGGA